GUCGAGACAGGGGUAGUUAGCAGCUCUCGGUGGCCUCGACGGAUCUGCGCCAUGCAGCAGUGGCACUUUAUGACAUCAAGCGCAAAAGCACAGCACAGCAACGGCCCAAGCCGUGGAGCUGUUGCAACUUCAUCUUUUUAACCUUACCGUGCUCACUUGGAGCCCUGUUCUUCUUCCUCGGUACAUAUCUACAUAGAGACAGACAUCCUAUUUUCCUCAUCUCGCAGCUGUCUUCAUCUUCACCCGGAUAUUGACGACGCAAACUGGAGACAUGAAAAAACACACGGGGCCAGAAUGUCACUGAGCGACCAUCCUCGAGUCUACGGCACCGCCGCGCUGGCGGUGGCCUUCAUCGCCGGAAUCUGCGCGACGCUAGGCUUCAAAGACCUCUACCCGGAGCUCGAAGCCCGGUAUCAGCGGCGGAAGAAGGGCUCACGGCGGAGCAGCAUUUUCUUCGGGCCCGUCAGCCUCGAAGACCACGAAGAGCCGUCCACAACGAGCGUCAACCGCGGGAGUGGCAUCGUCGACGGCAUUGAAGGCACCAUCGGCAACACCCCGCUCAUCAAGAUCCGCAGCUUGUCGGAAGCGACCGGCUGUACCAUCCUCGCCAAGGCCGAGUUCCUCAACGGCGCCGGCGGCAGCCCCAAGGACCGCGUGGCGCUCAACAUGAUCCAGGUCGCCGAGGAGCAAGGCCUGCUUUGCCCCGGCCGCGGCGACACCAUCUACGAGGGCACUGUCGGCAGCACGGGCAUCUCUCUGGCAGUCCUGGCCCGCGCCCGGGGCUACAACGCCCACAUCUGCAUGCCUGACGACGUGGCCAUCGAGAAGUCCGACCUGCUCCACCACCUGGGCGCGAGAGUCGAGCGUGUGCCCGUGGCGCCCAUCACGGACCCGGGCCACUUCGUCAACCUGGCCCGCUCGCGCGCCAAGGAGCACACGGCCGCCUCGGACACGCCCUCGCGCGGGUUCUUCGCCGACCAGUUCGAGUCGCUGGCCAACUACAGCGCGCACAUGAAGACCACCGGCCCGGAGAUCUACGCGCAGACCGGCGGCGAACUGGAUGCCUUCGUCGCCGGUGCGGGCACGGGCGGCACCAUCGCCGGCGUGACCAAGUACCUCAAGGAGGAGCGCGGGCUGGCCUCGCUGCGCGCCGUGCUCGCCGAUCCGCAGGGUAGCGGGCUGUACAACAAGAUCCGCUACGGCGUCAUGUACUCCUCCACGGAGCGCGAGGGCACGCGGCGGCGGCAGCAGGUGGACACGAUGGUGGAAGGCAUCGGCAUCAACCGCAUCACCGAGAACUUCGAGGCCGGGCGGGGGCUGAUCGACGACGCGGUGAGAGUUACCGACGAGCAGGCGUGCCGGAUGGCCAGAUGGCUUGUGGAGCAUGACGGCAUCUUCAUUGGGAGCAGCAGCGCCGUCAACUGUGUUGCUGCCGUGGUGACGGCGCUCAAGAUGCCCAGGGGCAGUCGAGUCGUGACGAUCCUAUGUGAUUCGGGGACGAGGCAUCUCAGCAAGUUCUGGAAGCACAUCGCUGAGAUGGGCCUGGAGGAUGAGAGGCGGGAGCAAGACGAGGAUUUGCUUGCCGUGUUGGGCAUCCAGAAUCUUCGAAGGUGAGAGCAGCAGCUAGAAGUUGUCGACCUCGUCAUCGCCGGCUGGACCCCCCGGGCGGAUCACAAAAUUGAUACCCAGAGCUCUUCGGAGCGGAUUCUGUCCUCUUGCUAAAUAGCACCCGCCGCUGUUGGAGCAAAAUUUUUGAUGUGAAUCCGACGGUCUUCCCAGACCGGAGUGGUAUCCCUCAGCUACACGAGCGCCUGUCCUGCCAACCUCUAUGGUACAAACUGGCCGUACUUCCUUUCUAGA